CAUUUUUGAAUUCCGCGCCCCGGGCGGCCCAUCUGCCCUCGAGGCGCCGCCGCGCCGCCGAUGUCGCUGUAUUUCCGGCGGCUCUUCAACCGGCGGCCGCCGGCCGGGCUCGUCGAGAUCUCCAGCAACAUUCUGGUAUUUGACCACUGCUUCUCCACGGAUAUGCUUGAGGAAGACGAAUUGAAGCCAUACAUUGGAGGCAUCUUAAAACAGCUACUUGCGCGCUACUCCAUUGAUUCAUUAAUGGUAUUCAACUUUGAGGGAGGAAAGAAGAACAACCAAACUGCCCGCAUUUUCUCAGGCUAUAAUAUGAGUGCGAUGGGUUAUCCACGUAACUAUGAAGGGUGUCCUUUGCUCACCUUGGAGAUGAUUCACCAUUUUCUUAGGUCUAGUGAAAGCUGGCUCUCAUUAAGCCAGGACAACUGCCUGCUUAUACAUUCAGAACACGGUGGGUGGCCGGUCCUUGCUUUCGCAUUGGCAGCCCUACUGGUUUACCUCCGAAGGUGCAAAGAUGAGAGGAAGGCGUUGGAGAUGAUCCACAAAUAUGCACCACCUGGGCUGGUUGAGCUCUACUCACCACUGGACCCAGCACCUUCUCAUUUGAGAUACUUGAAGUAUGUGUCAAGACGGCACAAAUCACCAGAAUUGUGGCCUCCUGCUGACAGGACGCUGAACUUGAACUGUGCAAUCAUCAGGACGGUACCGAAUUUUGAUGGUGAAGGGGGAUGUAGGCCAAUAUUUCGAAUUUACGGCCCAGACCCCCUGGCUCCUCAUGACAGUAGUGCCAAAGUUCUCUUUUCAACUCCGAAGACAGAUGAUUUUGUCCAGCUUUACACGCAGGAAGACAGUGAGAUAAUCAAGAUUAAUAUCCGAUGUCCUGUUCGAGGAGAUGUUGUCAUGGAGUGCGUCAGCGUGGAUGAGGACUUUAAACAUGAAGUGAUGGUAUUCAGAGUUAUGUUUAGCACGGCUUUUGUUGAAGACAAUCUUCUGUUACUUGAUAGGGACCAGAUUGACAUUCUGUGGGACACGAAACACCGGUUUCCCGUAGACUUCAGAGUUGAGGUUAUAUUUUCGGAGAUUGAUGCGACCACGUCGAUUCACACUUCUGAGCCAUCAGGCGAAAGCGAAAGCAAUCACAUCACGGAUGCUGCAUCAGAACAGAACGGUUUGAACAACGUGCAUGAUGGCUUUGAUGUGAUAUCCAUGCAGGAAACAGAAAUCAGCAAUGGCACACCUGAACAUAACAUUCCAGAUAGCAGAUCUGUCCAGACUUCUCAGACGGAACCAGAAAAUAUCAAUUCUUCUGCACCAGAAGCUGAAUCCGUAGGUCCAACCACUCCAGAUCGUGAACUCUCCGUGGAUGCACCAAAGUUUGAGGGCGACAACGAUGCUAUUGCUGAUACGUCAUCCUCGCAAGAAGCUGAAUCUGUAGGCCCAACCUCUCAAGAAGAUGAACUCGCUGAGAACGCUUCUGCAGGGGAGGAAUCAGAAGGGAGUACAACCAACAGCACAGCCAAUUCUGAUGCGCAGUUGGCAGACCCCCCAGGUUCAGAAGCUGACGCAGCCACUGCUGACGCUUCUGCAGGGGAGGAAUCAGAAGGGAGUACAACCAAUAGCACUGCCAAUUCUGGUGCGCAGUUGGCAGACCCCCCAGGUUCAGAAGCUGACGCAGCCACUGCUGAACGUUCUGACGCUAAUUCAGAAUCAGGUUCACCUUCAGGCAGCGCAUCGUCUAGCUCGCCAAAGUUCGACGAAGAUACCGAGGAAGCUGGUACAGCUGGGGCCGAAGCACAGUCGAUAGAACUGGAAGGAUCUUGAGACUACGACGGGUUGCUACUGUAAACUGGGGCAGCACUGGUCCAUGGUGCCGCCCUAAAUGUAGUUUAAACACAUACACUUCCACAGUAGAGUGGAGAAUUGCUGGUCGUCCAGACCAAAAGCAUUGUACAGUUUACGUUGGUUAAACAUGUGAGGAAUUUUCAGAUCGUCUCUCCAGAUUUUGGAGUUGGAGGCAUGUGGUAGCUAGUGGUGGAGCUUCGAUUC